CUUGAAAGAGGGUAAAUAUAGAGGUAAGCAUAGCAGAGAUGAAUUCUGAUCUCUACAUACUUUUAUGAUACUUCUAUCAAUCAAUAUGAUCAACAAAUUACUAAAAAAACACCUUAACCUUCCUCCUGUGUUAGCUUUUACUACGCACCCACCAUGUUAAGGCUCAGUUUUGACCCGUGUCUUAAAUCAGCUGUAAAUUACACUAAAAACAAUUCUCUAUCAUCCAGUUUGGUUCUCAUCUCUGAGUUAACUUGUUCGGCUUCAUUAUCCAUGAAAUUAUUGCUUAUGAUAUUUUUUGUUGUGGUCCUCUGGGCCUUUCUUUGUCAGUAUACCCCUCACACAGAUAUCUAUACUGAAUUGAUCUCACAUGUCUGGACAUGCCUGACGUUGUUUUUUUGUGCAGGGAAAUACAUGACAAAAUGAGAAUUUCCUAAAUCUCACAUGAUUGGAAGAGGAUCUGACUGUCAGUGCACUUAUGAUUUCAGUUUUUGCUCUAAUUAUUAAAUAUUAAUCUAACCAAAUCAACAGCAACCCUUAAAUGACAAGUGCCAUCAAUUUAAUAAGAGCAUUUUAUAAUUAAGUAAAUUCAAAUUUUUAUUUCUAUUUUGUUGAAACAGAGUUUCCUGACAAAGUCAAAAAGUCUUGAUGCAAAAAAACUAAUUUAAGUGGUUCUUUUAAGCUUUUAAAACCAAAAACGGGUCGGUGCAGACCCUAACACAGGAGGAGGGUUAACACAGUCCGUUAAAUGAUAAAAAUGUCCUCUUGUGGUUUAUCAGUUUGCAAAAACAGUGUAAUGUUUUUCUAAUGUAUCAAACGAGAUAAAUAAAUAUAUUUGUUAAAUUUAAAGGACAUUCUGAUUUUUUGGGGUUUUCAGCUCCAAAAAAAAUGAAUUUUCUGGCCAUAAUUUGUGGUUUCAGGCAUUAAAGGGCUGUGAUGAGUGUCUGUACCAGAUCUCUGGGAUAUAGGGAGUCAUCGCUGAUGUUUGCUGGCUUGUCUAGAGGGAAGUAAGCAGGAAUCAGAAUAGCUGAGUAGCAUCCAAUCAGCAGCACCAGACUGAGAGCGAGGUUCUCACGCCUAAGCAGCAAGAAAAAAAAACAACAACUUUACAGCACGCCAUCAUAGCAUGAGCCAUAAAAUGAGCAGAGAGAUGCAGAAACAAACCUGCUGAGGAAAAACUCCUUUGACUCAGACUUGGUGACCCCUCGCUGUCUGUGAUAGACAGGUGUGGGUGUUUCCGCCUCUGCAGCUUCAGGCAGCAGUGGAAAGCUAUCGUCUGGGUCCUCAACACUCAAGUGAUUCACUGUCACCAUGGUGCCCGUGUUUCCACCUGAAAUACACAUUUCUCCUCAAGAUCAGAGACUGAAAUAGUCCAACUGUCUCAAUAACAAGAUGGAAGCAUUAAAGAGCCUUGUGAACAUGUGUAUCCUUUUAACCACAAUGUCAGCCAACACUGUUUUAAAAAGCAUCAUAAGAGCCUCAAAGUUGAUCAGUAUGAACACAAAUACUCACAUCCAGCCUGUCACAAUCAUAAACUGAGAGUUAGCUGUGUGUUAGCCUGUGCUCCAUGUCUCUGGGGAAAUCAUCAAGAUGUGUGUCUCCUGUGAAGCUAAAAUGGCUGCUGUUGUUUCCCUAUUCCCUGAACUCUGCCUCCUUCUUCAAUAGCUCCGGUUAACCAUUAACACAUCCCUACGUCACUCUCUGGCAGGUGUGUCUGUAUAUAAUGGUGUGUGUGUGUGUGUGUGUGACCAAGCGGUCAACAAGUACACCACUGCAUGCAAAUGUCAGCUAGAGAGAGGUAGUGUUCACAGUAUCAGAGUGUGAAAUGAGCUUCUGAACACUGAAGACAGUGUUAUGGUUCACAUUUCCAGAGCUGAGAGGAAAAACUCAAUAGACAUAUAUGCUGAUCACCUUCUUGCUCAUAAUUUUACUUGUACAUUUGUGUUGUUUUAGUGAUUUAUGCACUUAGAUUUGACAUUUUUGCUUGAUUUGACUGUCAAAUUCUUCACUAUCUCCAGCUCCAGGAGCAGUUUGUAUUAUUUACAUUUACCAAAGAAGGUAAAGAUGUGAUAAGCAAAGCAGUUCAGUAGAAACAGUAUAUAUAUCAAGAAAACCUAGAGUUUUAUUCACUGAGUUUAUUUAUUUUGCAUGUCUUUGUCACAUAAAGCUUCUGUGAGUAACUUUCAGUCUGUGUCAAUUAUGGCACCCCUUGUGGACAAAGCAGUCUUUGCUUAUUUUGUCCUUUACAUGCUGUAAUAAUGUCUCCUGAUAAGAAAAAACCCUCAUUACUCUGGCUUUUGUCGGUUGAAUUGAUCUUUUUUUUUAAUAAUCUAAAUUUUGAGCUUUUCUUUAGAUGCUCAGUCGACACCUAAACCCUACAGUAUAAAAUUUACAGUAUAACAAUUGUCAGUCUUGUCACUGACGGUUUUGUUUGCUUUUUGAUAUCAUAUAAAAUGCAUCAGUAUGAAUUUCUGUUUAUUUCAUGAAUAACAAAAACUCCUUAAUUGUCAAUAUGGAGAAGAAAUGUGAACUUCAUUUUGCCUCAUCCAGACAUUUUACUCGUUUAAAGCUACUUUUGCAUCCAGUGGUUAUGUUUGGAUUUCAUUUGUUGUUUUCCUUUCAAAUAUUUGGUUUUACGACAUCUAGUUUUUAGCUAAACAUGAAUGUAAUGAGUCCAAUCCAGCAUAAGUUCCUGCUAAAACUGUAAGAAAACACUCAGAAGUUGCUUCAUGCUGGUUUGAAGUUACAGACUGAGUAACUCUGUUCAGUGAAACACCUCCAACUGCACCUCAACGGUACAAAUUUGUCUUUUGUGAAUAAUGUAUAACAUGUGGACCCAGAGCCUCUCUUACCAAACCAGAUUUCACCCUAAAGAAGCUUCACUCUUGUUGAACUUCUUCCAGUGGGAAGAAAUUGGUAGUUUGCAAAGCAAUACCUUCAAUAUAACCUCUUUUAAACAGUGUAUGUUUAUACUGUGCAUGUGUGUUUGUAGUUUGAUAUAGCCUACCCUAUAAAAUGACUAAAAUUACCAGAGUCCAGGCUGGUUGGUGUGCUUCCAAACAGAGCCAUUAUAAGUAACAUAAUCCUCCAAAUCUGUGUGUGUGUGUGUGUGUGUGUGUGUGUGUGUGUGUGUGUGUGUGUGUGUGUGUGUGUGAGGGUCGUACUCUUGUAAAAAGGAGUUUACACUGUGGCAGCAGCAGCGAGGGCUGAUGGAAUGAAUUCGCCCUCAGCUUAUGACCAGAGCACGGCAUGGAAAAAACAUGAAGGAGCGAAUGCACUUGUAUAUAAAUGUGUGUGUGUGACGGAGAGAAAAAGAAAGAGGGUGAGAGAGAGUUUAUUACGGGUGUAAGUACACACAAACAUACUUCCGUGCACGCACCAAAGUGCAACCACACACCUGUUUGCUGGAGCAACACAAUGUCCCACCAUGAACCCGGCGUUCCAGUCAGGAAGCCACUGGGCUGGCAGCACUUCAGUAUAAAGUAACCCACUGUCAGAGGAGUUUACUGCAGCUUUUAUUUCACGUCAGCUUUAAUAAUUAAUUCUAAAGACUUUAGAGGCUUAAAUUACCUGAAGGGAGUUGAUUUUGCUUUUAUAUCUUAACGCAGAAACAGGAUAGGAGAGGCUGAAACGUGGGCGGACAACCUGAUGGACUGUAAAUCAGGAACCAGCAAGAAACCUCAGGUAGGUGGAAGAAACAUUUGUAAAGUGAUAUUUGGGAUGAUUUUCCAUUGUUGUCAGAUUAUUUUGGAUGAAACAGGAUUAGACGGGAUAUUUAAUUCAGCUGUUACCAAGAAAGAACCAAAUCUCUGAGUGAAGACGUGUUUUUGGCCUGUGAUGAGUAGCAUUUUAUUUUCAGUGUCUCAGUAAAUCUGCUUUAUUUGUCAUAUUAUUCUUCUAAACUCUUGUACUUUUUGCCAUUUAAAUUCACAAACAGUAUUUCUCACUCCUGCUAGGUGAUUGAUAACUUUGCAAAUCAAGAGAAGUUAUCAAAAUUGAAAUCGCAUUUUUAGGCUGAAGCUGUUUAAAGUCAUGACUGUUCAGCUAACACUUUAAAUUGUUUGCAGUUACUUUUUUACAUGCAUUAUGUGUGUUUUACGAUCAAUUAUAAACACCAUAUGAAGGCUAGUACUUUAGAAGUGUUACUUUUUUAUCACCUAGCUGAGCUUGCACUAUGCUGUGAAUUUAUUUUGACAUUAACACCACCAUUCCCAGCUCUCAACACCCCUUAGCCUACUUGGCAGUUCUGCUUCACAGUGUCCUCACCAGCAUCACCUCUCUUGUUCACAUUUUCUUCAGGUUUAUUUAUCUUGAUAAAUGUUUCUGCUACUUUACAGGCACAGGAGACAGUGAGGGUGAUCUCCUCGGACUUUGGCUGUGAUAUUUUGGAUCUGAAGGGAGAAGAGGAUAUCAUGGGGAUGUACAAAAGAAAGAAGAGUAUCCAGACAACGAUCUCACCGAGGAUGUCUGUGGAAAUCCCUGCAGUGAGAAACAUUUUUAGGCUUCUUAUCUUUCUGUGCCCAGUACAAAUAGAAGAAACCAUUAUGGGUUUUCUUUUUCAUUUCCCACUGUAUCUUCUCUGUGUAUCUAUCUGAGCAGGUAGGGUCUGGGGAUACAGCAGAGUUCAUGAAUGCAGCAAGUCAAGGCAAUCGAAGUGCAAUAGAGAGAUUUCUGGCUGAUGGUGGAGAUCCUGAUGUCCACGAUGAGGUAUUUUUUCCCCGUAUUUUGCAGAGAAACAGAUAAUUUUACACUGAAGAGUUUCUGCUUAUGAUAUUUUUAAAUUUUCCAGUUGAAGAGGACAGCGCUGCAUCGCGCCUCUCUGCAGGGACACACUGCAGUCGUCGAAAUGCUUUUAGGAAAAGGAGCUGAUAUCAACUUUAAAGAUCAGGUAAGACGUAGAGGGGCACAUUGCUUAUUUGCUAAGAUGUUGAUGAGAUUUGGUGGGAUUAUCUUCACACAUUAAAGCUGAAGCCUCCAGUGGCCUGCAGUCAGCACUAUUAAUAGGAUGGGACCACGGUGCUUGUGUGUUUCAGCUGGGCUCGAGAGCCUUACACUGGGCCUGCAGGGGGGGCAGCCUGGGAGUUGUCAAAGCCCUGAAAAGCCACGGGGCUGACCUGAACGUUAGAGAUAAGGUGAAUAUACAUUUCAUUUAAGCCUGAAUUUCAAACAGGUGGGUUUAUUUGCUCACUUACUCACUCUCUGUGCCGAUAUCUUCACUGCAGCUGUACAGCACUCCUCUACAUGUAGCAACAAGAACAGGCCACACUGUUAUUGUGGAGUACCUGCUGUCCUGUGGUGCAAAAGUCAACUGCAGGGACAGGGUAGGAAGCGUCUCAAAAGUGUGUGUCAUGUCUGGGAUUCAUCUUUUCUGUGAUUGUAAAAAAAUGUUCUCUCUGCGUCAGGAAGGAGAUACGGCCCUGCACGAUGCUGUGCGUCUCAACAGAUACAAGAUUGUGAAGAUGCUCAUAGUCGCAGGCGCUGACAUGAAAAUAAAAAAUCAUGUGAGUUUUUCCACUUGUUAUGCACAUUAGUCAAGCUAGACGUUAACUCUGAAAUAAUAGUUUGACACCUAUUGGCUCAGAGAAUCCCAGAUACCAUGACCAUGGCGAAAGUAAAUGGAUCCUGCAGCUAGUUUGAUUCUUACAACUGAAAAUAAGGAAACAGCUUAAAGGCACAGUGUGCAGGGGAAUAUUUCAAUCAAUCAAUCAAUCAAUCAAUCAAUCAAUCAAUCAAUCAAUCAAUCAAUCAAUCAAUCAAUCAAUCAAUCAAUCAAUCAAUCAAUCAAUCAAUCAAUCAAUCAAUCAAUCAAUCAGUCUUUAUUUAUAUAGCACUUUUCAUACACAACCAUGUAGCACAAAUGCUUUACACAGAAAAAGGAAUAAUAGAAACAAAGAACACCCAAAUCUACCCGAACCCAACCCCUUCAUUCCCACCACAUUUUAAAACUCAAGAUAAGGAAACACUGAAGGUUAAGGUUAAAAUCUAAAAACAAAGAAACAUAGAAUGAAAUUUAAAAAUAAUAAAUAAAACGACAUAAAAACAACAGUAAUGUAUAGCAAAAUAAGAGUUAAUGACAUAAAAUUUAGUUAAAAGAAAGACUAGAAAGGUACGUUUAGCCAUUUAGCCAUAUUCUAGAGUGCCCCCUUGCUUCUCUUUUGACUGAAACUACGGUGGCCUGUAAGGACAAGAAGCUCCUGUGAUGAUAAGUUUGACCCUCCAUUUGUCAAGUCUUUAUCCUCUUCUUUCAACUAAUGCACUGCUGCUCGGAAAACAUAAAAAUAUGUAUGCUUUUAGUUUGUCCAUUCUGUGCUACCAUAGUAACUUAUGUGGGUUGCUUGUCUUUUUAUACGCUCUGUGUGUUUUUGAAAGUAGCCACCCAACCUGGCCAUAAUCCCAUGUAUUUACAUGUAAAUCUUCAUUUGUGCAUAUUGUCCCAUUUAAAAAAAAAAAUCUCAACAUCUCAAAACAAAGCCCAGUCAGUAUGUGAAACUUCACUUCUAUUUAAUAGAAGAAAACAGGCAAAUUUUAAACUCCUUUUCUUGAGAGAUACUUGAUCACAAUCCUUAUAUCAGUCACUUACAGUACGUCCUGGUUUCCUGUGUUUCAGGAGGGAUUGACGGCGGUGCAGCAGGUAAAACAGUGGCAGUGUGACAUCAUGGAGACCCUACAGAGACUGGACAAGCUACGAGAAUCUGAACCCCGUGAAAAUCCUUCAAGAGGAGAAUAAAUGGUACAAAUGCCGCACAUCUGCUCCUACAGUUUAUUUUCUAUAAGGUCAAUUUUUACAACUCUCUGUCUCAGGUUUAAGAUUCAGUCUGUCUGUGUACAUCAUAUUUGCAUUUCUACACACUGUAUCUGCUUACCAACAAAAUCCUCCCAUCAGAGCGCUGCUGUUGACCCCCUGAGAGGACUUUGAACUCUAGAAAAUGUCUGUUUGGACCCAGAAUGAUCUGAAACAGGAGUGAAAUCUCUGGACUACUUUCUGAACCUCACUUUUGUAAUCAGCGUU